GCGGCAGGUGUCCCUGUGGAAGGAGCAAGGACAAGGAUUUCAGCAGCACCUGGGGCAGUGGCUACAUGAUGUCGCUUCUCAGGACUCGAGGACCAACCAUCCUACACCUCUGCAACGGAGAAGGCAGAAAUGGAGAAACAAGCGCAAUCACUUCUAUUCUGUCGUUAACCACUCUGUAGACAUGUGUCCCCACCAGAAGGCGUGAACUCCACCAAAGGGGGACAUUUUGGGGGGCCCCCAGACCACUAGCACCUUUGACUGUCCCCCUAGAGAAAAGGCAGAGCCAUGGCAUCUUAUAGCUGCUGUUUGGCCCUCUUGGCUCUUGCCUGUCACUCCUCUGCCUACGGGCCUGACCAGCGAGCCCAAAAGAAGGGGGACAUCAUUCUUGGGGGUCUCUUUCCUAUCCAUUUUGGAGUAGCAGCCAAAGAUCAAGAUCUGAAGUCAAGGCCAGAGUCCGUGGAGUGCAUCAGGUACAACUUCCGUGGAUUUCGAUGGUUACAAGCCAUGAUAUUUGCCAUCGAGGAGAUAAACAGCAGCCCCACCCUUCUUCCCAACAUGACACUGGGAUACAGGAUAUUUGACACCUGUAACACUGUCUCCAAGGCCUUGGAGGCCACCUUGAGUUUUGUUGCCCAGAACAAAAUCGAUUCCUUGAACCUGGAUGAGUUCUGCAACUGCUCAGAGCACAUCCCUUCCACUAUCGCAGUGGUGGGAGCAACUGGCUCGGGCGUCUCCACGGCCGUGGCCAACCUGCUUGGGCUCUUCUACAUCCCACAGGUGAGUUAUGCCUCCUCCAGCAGGCUUCUCAGCAAUAAGAAUCAAUACAAAUCCUUCCUCCGCACCAUCCCCAACGAUGAGCACCAGGCCACCGCCAUGGCCGACAUCAUCGAGUACUUCCGCUGGAACUGGGUGGGCACGAUCGCAGCCGAUGACGACUACGGACGGCCAGGCAUUGAGAAGUUCCGGGAGGAAGCCGAGGAGAGGGACAUCUGCAUCGACUUCAGCGAGCUCAUCUCCCAGUACUCGGAUGAGAAGGAGAUCCAGCAGGUGGUGGAAGUGAUCCAGAACUCCACAGCCAAGGUCAUCGUCGUUUUCUCCAGCGGCCCCGACCUGGAGCCCCUCAUCAAGGAGAUUGUGCGGCGCAACAUCACAGGCAGGAUCUGGUUGGCCAGCGAGGCCUGGGCCAGCUCCUCCUUGAUUGCUAUGCCUGAAUACUUCCACGUGGUUGGGGGCACCAUUGGGUUCGGUCUGAAGGCUGGGCAGAUCCCAGGCUUCCGAGAAUUCCUGCAGAAAGUCCAUCCCAGGAAGUCGGUCCACAACGGGUUUGCCAAAGAGUUUUGGGAAGAGACGUUUAAUUGCCACCUGCAAGAAGGCGCCAAAGGGCCUUUGCCUGUGGACACCUUCCUAAGAAGUCACGAGGAAGGUGGCAGCAGGUUAAGCAAUAGCUCCACUGCCUUCCGACCCCUCUGCACAGGGGAUGAGAACAUCAGCAGUGUGGAGACACCUUACAUGGAUUAUGAACAUCUACGGAUCUCCUACAAUGUGUACUUAGCCGUCUACUCCAUUGCCCAUGCCCUGCAAGACAUAUACACCUGCUUACCUGGACGAGGGCUCUUCACCAAUGGGUCCUGUGCAGACAUCAAGAAGGUUGAGGCCUGGCAGGUCCUCAAGCACCUGCGGCACCUAAACUUUACCAACAACAUGGGGGAGCAGGUGACAUUCGAUGAGUGUGGUGACCUGGUGGGGAACUAUUCCAUCAUCAACUGGCACCUCUCCCCAGAGGACGGCUCCAUUGUGUUCAAGGAAGUUGGGCAUUACAACGCAUACGCCAAGAAGGGAGAGAGACUCUUCAUCAAUGAGGAGAAGAUCUUGUGGAGUGGCUUCUCCAGGGAGGUGCCCUUCUCCAACUGCAGCCGGGACUGUCUGGCAGGGACCAGGAAGGGGAUCAUUGAGGGGGAGCCCACCUGCUGCUUUGAGUGUGUGGAGUGUCCCGAUGGGGAGUACAGCGAUGAGACAGAUGCGAGCGCCUGUGACAAGUGCCCGGAUGACUUCUGGUCCAAUGAGAACCACACUUCCUGCAUUGCCAAGGAGAUUGAGUUUCUGGCGUGGACCGAGCCCUUCGGAAUCGCUCUCACUCUUUUUGCAGUGCUGGGCAUCUUCCUGACCGCCUUUGUGCUGGGCGUCUUCAUCAAGUUCCGAAACACGCCCAUCGUCAAGGCCACCAACCGCGAGCUGUCCUACCUCUUGCUCUUCUCGCUGCUCUGCUGCUUCUCCAGCUCCCUGUUCUUCAUCGGGGAGCCCCAGGACUGGACGUGCCGCCUGCGCCAGCCUGCCUUCGGCAUCAGCUUUGUGCUCUGUAUCUCGUGCAUCUUGGUGAAGACCAACCGCGUCCUCCUGGUCUUUGAGGCCAAGAUACCCACCAGCUUUCACCGGAAGUGGUGGGGGCUCAACCUGCAGUUCCUGCUAGUUUUCCUCUGCACCUUCAUGCAGAUCGUCAUCUGCGUGAUCUGGCUCUACACGGCGCCCCCCUCCAGCUACCGCAACCAUGAGCUGGAGGACGAAAUCAUCUUCAUCACGUGCCACGAGGGCUCACUCAUGGCACUCGGCUCUCUCAUCGGCUACACCUGCCUGCUGGCUGCCAUCUGCUUUUUCUUUGCCUUCAAGUCCCGGAAGCUGCCAGAGAAUUUCAACGAAGCCAAGUUCAUUACCUUCAGCAUGCUCAUCUUCUUCAUUGUCUGGAUCUCCUUCAUUCCCGCCUACGCCAGCACCUACGGCAAGUUUGUCUCCGCCGUGGAGGUGAUCGCCAUCCUGGCAGCCAGCUUUGGCUUGCUGGCCUGCAUCUUCUUCAACAAGGUCUACAUCAUCCUCUUCAAGCCUUCCCGGAACACCAUCGAGGAGGUGCGCUGCAGCACCGCGGCGCAUGCUUUCAAAGUGGCUGCCCGUGCCACGCUACGUCGCAGCAACGCCUCCCGGAAGCGGUCCAGCAGCCUAGGAGGCUCCACCGGUUCCAUUCCCUCCUCCAUCAGUAGCAAAAGCAACAGUGAAGACCCGUUCCCACAGCUGGAGCGGCAGAAGCAACAGCAGAGGUUGGCCCUGACCCAGCAAGAACAGCAGCAGCAGCAGCAGCAGCAGAAGCAGCAGCAGCAGAAGCAGCAGCAGCAGCCGCUGACUCUACAGAAACAGCAGCAGCCACAGCAGCCGAGAUGCAAACAAAAGGUCAUCUUCGGCAGUGGCACAGUCACCUUCUCUCUGAGCUUUGACGAGCCUCAAAAGAGCGCUAUGGCCCACAGAAACUCCACGCGGCACAACUCCCUGGAGGCCCAGAAGAGCAAUGACACCUUGAGCAGACACCAGGCUCUGCUCCCACUGCAGUGUGCAGACACGGACUCAGAAAUGACUAUGCAGGAAACGGGUCUGCAAGGGCCCAUGGUGGGGGACCACCAGCCGGAAAUGGAAAGUACAGAAGAAAUGUCCCCAGCCCUGGUCAUGUCCACGUCUCGGAGCUUUGUCAUUAGCGGUGGAGGUAGCUCCGUCACGGAAAACAUACUGCACUCCUAAUGGAGGGAAAGAUUGUCGAGUCGACAGCUUUUCUUAGACGCCCAGGAAUAAGAACGAGUUUUUCCUUUCCUCCCAGGAAGCCAAGAUGAUAGGUACAUCAAAUACCUGUACUCGGGAUGCACUGCUUUAAAUGAAAUUGGCUGACUAACGUGCUCUUUAAAGUUAAAAGAAGAGCCGUGUUUCGGGGUUUGUUUUCCAGAGCUCAGUAUCACACCCGAGUUUAUUGAAGUCUCUUCUUUGCUCUAUCCACCAGCAGCUCAGGUGAAAUCAAGGCUCUAAGCUACCCACCUGCUCCCUCCUUUAAGAAUGCAUACAUAGAUCCAGAAAUGCCUGCCCUGAGAUUUAAUGGACAGCAUGGUCUGAAUCACAGUCCAGAGACAGACCAAUGGGACAUCAGAUCUGUCACUACCAGAGUUGAGUCUGAAAGCCAGACAGUCACGGGGGCUGUCUAAUGCAUUGACAGUGGACAGGACUUUACAUGUUCAAGACAUCAUGGGGAUGUGUCCUCUCUUAUUUAUGGAGACCUUAAGAAGUGUGGUCUUUUUAUCCUCCCUGCUGCUGCUAUUGUGUGACAUCUAGCGAGCCUGCGUCUUUCCUGUGGCACCAUGUCCGGGUGCGUCCAGGACCUGAUGGCAAUGCCAUGCUUAGAUCUCGGGAUCGUAAGCUCACCUCCAAGCCCUGGGAAAGGACUGAUUAAUCCAAUGAGCUGUCUCUGUAAUUAGUAUUGCUGUGCAUAGCUUGACCCUUAAGAAAACGCUCUGUUGCUGAAGUCUUGCAGUCUGGAGUCUCCAAGGCAGUAUUAUCGAAUUCUGUUGUCCUUUCCCAUCCCUGCACCCUCACUCAGAGGAACAGAGCACAUGUGGUCCCUUUCAAGACCCCGUGGUUCCUGAAACUCCCCUCCUACCCUGCCCUAAAGGCUUUGCGAAGCCAGAUCCAGACCUGGCUCUGUGGAGAAUAAGCUCCCAGAGGCAAGUGUGGCUCCCAGAGAAGGCCAUGGUUCCCUCAGCAGUGAGAUUAAAGGUGCUCACAGGUCACCUAACUGCUAGGAACUCAAACUUGGGGCCACAGUGAUCAAGGUUCAGGCUCUGGCUUGGUCACUGGCAGGACGAGCGGUGGUAGGCAAGGAACCACAACUUCCGAAGGCUUCUUUGAGUCUACAGUAGGGUGUUACAGUUUUCUUCCUAUGGAACUCUCAUAUGGGGUGAGAGCAUGUAGCAACAUAUUUUAGCAUGGUGCCUGAUACCUAAU